AAGUUAUAUUGCUCGCCAAAUUUAUAUUAUAUUUGUAUAACGGGCGAGGAGAGCACAGUAGUGCCAGCUAAUCGCGGCGGAGAAUUAUGAAAUACACGGCACAUACGCAUCGUGCGGCUUCUUAGAGCCACAGAGAUCCCGCAGCAGGCGGCACAACAGUUUCUAGUCAACUACUAUCCUCAACGGAACUCGUGAUUACAUGGCUACAUCGGAUUUUGUUCUGGGCGGCCUGGCCUCCGUGGGUGCCACCUUCUUCACCAAUCCGAUCGAGGUGAUCAAGACUCGGAUCCAGCUGCAGGGCGAGUUGGCGGCGCGGGGAACGUAUGUGGAGCCCUACAAGGGAAUUGUCCAUGCCUUCGUCACAGUGGCCAAAAACGAUGGCAUUCUCGGCCUCCAAAAGGGCCUCGCACCGGCGUUGUACUUCCAGUUCAUCAUCAAUUCCUUCCGACUCAGCAUUUAUUCGGAAGCAAUGGAGAGACGGUGGAUGCACAACCGGAGUGGCGAGGUGUCCUACGGAUUGGGACUCAUGUGGGGCGCCAUUGGCGGCGUCGUGGGCUCCUACUGCUCCAGUCCCUUUUUCCUGAUCAAAACUCAGCUGCAGUCACAAGCUGCAAAGCAAAUCGCAGUGGGCUACCAGCAUGCCCACACUUCCAUGAGCGAUGCCCUGCGUCAGAUCUACUCCAAGAAUGGAGUACGCGGACUCUGGAGAGGAUCUGUGGCCGCAUUGCCCAGGGCGGCUUUGGGAUCAGGUGCCCAGAUAGCCACCUUUGGCAAGACCAAAGCCCUUUUGGUGGAGUACGAUUUGGUGACGCAGCCCACAUUGAACUCCUUCUCGGCUGGCUUGAUAGCAGGAUCCAUUAUGUCGGUGGCCAUAACACCGCCGGAUGUAAUUACCACGCGAUUGUACAACCAGGGUGUGGACGCCGAGGGACGUGGUCUUCUUUAUCGCGGCUGGGUUGACUGCUUUGUGAAAAUCCUGCGAUCGGAGGGCGUCUAUGGUAUGUACAAGGGCUUCUGGGCCAACUACCUGCGCAUUGCCCCACACUCAACACUUGUACUGCUCUUCUUUGACGAGCUCAUCGCCGUACGCACUAAGUAUAGAAAUCAUUGACCCCAAAGAUCACUGGCUAGGUAGCAUUAAUUUAAGUACAAACUCGUUCAAAUAUUUUCCAAUACCCGCAAAUAUACACUUUGUUUUUUAUUGUUAAGCCAAGUUCAGAUAAACAAAAUUGAAUGUAUGUCGGUUAUCGCUUAUAAUUUGUUUGCCUAAAUCUGGCUUUAGUCUGUAGCGAGUAGCCAAAAGUCCUAGUUCCAAUCUCUUAGACUAGUAAAGCCCCAGAACCAACUUGUGCCUUCAGUAAUCUAAUUUAAGAGCUGUUCCUGUAGCCAUUAACCGUGCAAUACUUUUGUGAAAUAAACCAGUUAGGCUGUUACUUUUUAA